AUGCCGACAUCAAAAUAUAUAUAUUAAAACGUUUGGCACAUGAAAAGUCCAGUGCCACACAAGGAUGUCUGUGAAUAUUCUAGAGCGAUGACAUAAACACAUAAUUUUGAUUAAUUUCAAUUAAUUUGCAGAAAUCAAACUGUUGUGAUUUCUGGUACUCAGUUUAAACUAGAGACAUUAUUAAAAUAUCUUGUUUUAUUGCUUUACGCGUUUAAAGUCACUUUGACAUUUACAACUUUGCUUCGGUCAACAAAAUAAUAUCAGAUAUAUCGCCCAGUCCUAAUUAAAAGGCAAUACUGUGAUUGCAAAUAUGUUUGCAAGUAGCCAGGUUAACGUUACACUACUUCCUGUUUUGACAGGAAGCUGAGGGAUCUUUAAGUGAAGCAGCCCAGACAAAUAUCAGUGUUUUUGCAGCAAUAAAUUUGAGGGAGUUCCCUCUGAAUCAGGGAGAGUCUGCAUAUAAAAUGGUCUGCAGUUCUCUGCUUCGUAGGUCAGAAGCUUGUUUAUUCUGUCUCCAUGGCUACGUUCAGUCCCAACCAAAUCGUCCAAUUGGCAUGCAUUAGUCGGCACCUCAGAAUUGUCAUUGUGCAAUAUGAUUUGUCUAUGAGAGGCUGUUUUGAAUAGAUCAGCUCUGGGUUAUCAACCAGUACCACACCAAUUCGCCCAAUUGGCAUGCAUUAGUCUCAGAGUUAUCAUUGGCCAAUGUAAUUUGGCUUUUUUAAAAUAGAUCAUUACUGGGUUAUGCAGAAGUGACAACAAAUGCUCUGUAUACCGCUUACGCAUGUUUAUUUUUUGCUUUUUUGUGAUAGGACUAGUUAUUGGGCCAUUAUUGAGAUUCUACAAAAUGUUCCAAAGAAGAAUUAAUAUACAUUUAAGAAAGAAAUAGGGGAUUGGAUAAUGCAUCAGCUUAAUUAGGCCUACAUCAAUUAGCGAUUUCAUAUUAACAAGACAUUCAAAACAGAUAAAGGGCAAUGACCUGAUAUCAUGUCGAGUUUCACUGCUUGAUCGGGACUGCUAGCCAGAUUUGCACGGACAGGUUUUAUUAACGUUCUGCAUUGUGCACACUACAGAUGCUGCUGCCACUUGCGCCGCUGCCUCCUCCCCUGGAGGACUCAGCGGUACUCUUCCUUCCUGUCCCAGCAUGCUCUCUGCUACCUCAGCCCUAGAGCAGGCUUCCAGGCUCCACAGCGGUCCUGCCGCAGAGGGGAUGCCAGAGAGGAUGGGUGUGGAGCCUGGAUCAGUGGUGGCUAUCAGUGCGCUAGAUACUGUCGGAGCCACACAGAGCCAGGCGACCCCUUCAAAGCGGCGGACCGUCCUGAGCAUCUCGCCCCCUCCGGAGGACCUGCUGGACGACAGUCGCAUGUCCUGCCAGGAUGAUGUGCUUCCCAACCAGGACUCGGAGCAGAGUAGCAGUAUGUGGAUGGACGACUCUGUGUCCAACUUUAGCAUGGGCAGCAGCAAUUCGUACAACGACAAUACUGAAGUGCCCAGAAAGUCUCGAAAGAGAACUCCUCGCCAGCGGCCGGGGCCAAAGCCUGCGGCCCGGGAAGAAGCCGGCAUGGAUGUGUUUGAUGCAGACAGCGCUAAAGCGCCGCACUUUGUUCUUUCACAACUGGGUUCAGACGCCAAAGUCACACCCAAAGUGAGCUCCCUGGAAGUGUCAAACAAUCAGAAGGGGGGCAUUCUUUCCAUUCAAUACCCUCAGAAGAGCGAAGGGAAGGAGCUGAAGAUUUUGAUUCAGCCUGAGACGCAGCACAGAGCACGAUACCUCACGGAGGGAAGUAGGGGAUCCGUCAAAGACCGUACCCAGCAAGGAUUUCCUACAAUCAAAUUAGAGGGAGUCAGUGAACCAGUGGUGCUCCAAGUGUUUGUGGCUAAUGACGCUGGACGUGUGAAGCCUCAUGGGUUUUAUCAAGCCUGCAAAGUGACGGGGCGCAACACAACGGCCUGUAAGGAAGUGGAUAUCGAAGGGACCACAGUUAUUGAAGUAAACCUUGAGCCGACCAACUCUAUGACCCUAGCUGUGGACUGUGUUGGAAUCUUGAAGCUGAGGAAUGCCGAUGUUGAAGCUCGUAUAGGGGUUGCUGGCUCCAAAAAGAAGAGCACUCGAGCUCGUUUGGCCUUCAGAGUCAACAUCUCAAGACCUGAUGGAUCUGUCCUAACCCUCCAGGCCCUCUCCUCUCCUAUUUUAUGUACUCAACCAGCUGGAGUGCCUGAAAUCCUUAAGAAGAGUCUUCACAGUGGCUCUGUCGCAGGAGGAGAGGAAGUCUUUAUCAUUGGCAAGAACUUUCUCAAAGGAACCAAAGUUCUUUUUCAGGAAAAUUCUACAGAUGAAAGUGGCUGGCAGGCCGAAGCAGAAAUUGACAUGGAACUUUUUCAUCAGAAUCAUCUAGUGGUGAAGGUUCCCCCAUAUCAUGACCAGACAGUGACCUCCCCAGUGUCCGUUGGGAUUGCUGUAGUGACAAAUGCAGGGAGAACACAUGAUCUACAGCCUUUUACCUACACUCCUCUAACAGAGAAGGUUGAAAUACCAGUGAAAUCAGAACUGCCAGUCACAGUCAAGGCUUGUACCUUUGAAGAGCAGAUAAAAGCAAUGCAAAAUGAGACCAGUUGUCUAAACAAUGUCUUAAUGUUACCUAUGGUCAAACGAGAAGAACCUAUGGAAGUUUCCUGUAAUGCAGCACCUUCAGACAUUUUUAAGCCUGUAGAGGCCCUUAGUUCAACCCAACAAAUCUUGGAGAUAAGUACUGUCCUUCCCUCUGCCACCAAGUCUUUUCCAAGUCCUGUGGCUCUUCAACCCGUUGACUCACAACAGCCAUCACCUCAAAUAUUUACAACUCAAGAAACCUUAUCCACCAUACAGAAGCAGGACAUACCUUCACCUGCAUCGUUCCAAGUGUCCUUGUCGGAAGACACAACAGUUCUCCAGCCUGUUCCCCCUCAGGUCCCUCAGCAGUUCUUGCGGGAAACUCCAGAAACUUUGUCUCCAGAGGACAACAGUGCAGAUGGAAGUGGAAUGGUAUUGGUGGGCAUAGACUCUCGGAAUCCUCCAUCCCAGCGGCCACAAGUUCAGGCUCUUUUGCCCCAGGAUGGUGUUGCACAGCUAGAGAGAGCAGUAAGAGAGCUGCAAGCACAACAACAGCUAAAUUCUGUACUUUAUAGCCCGACACCAUCUGCAGAGAGCCUUCAGCAACACGUCCAGGAAAACAUGAACAGUUUAAGGUUGGGUGGAAAUGAGACAACUCUAACAAACCAGCUACAGCAGCAGCAAGAGCAGAAUAUAUUGGAGAAUCUGCAUCAUCAGCAACAGAAGGCACUUGUGGAUCUACAACAUCAACAGACAGUCCUUGAAAAUUUGCAGCAACAUCAGAAGGUCUUGGAAAAUCUCCAACAACAGGCUCUUGGCAACAUUCAGCAGCAGCAAACACACAAAGUUUUGGAGAAUCUACAGCAUCAACAGCAGCACCAGAAAGUCAUGGAAAACAUUCAGCAACAAAGUUCUAUAGUGACUCUGCAGCAUCAAAAAGUUCUUGAUAAUCUUCAACAGCAGCAACAGCAUCAGAAAAAUUUAGAAACUCUUCAGCAUCAGGAAGUAAUAGAGAGCCUAAAGCAACAAUUACAGUCAGAGCUAUUGCAGACACAUAUUCCAAUGCAGUGCACACCUAGCUUCUCUAACGAACAGCAAAGCUCCACACAGACUAAUACUCUAUCGCAGCCCCCUGAAGGCUUCCUCCAGAACCCACCCCAGCAGCAGUUGCAGCAGCAAACUACUCUUUUCCAACAGACAGGGGGUCUUAUGACCAUUCAGACAUCAAGCUUUCUGCAGCAGCCAUCCUCUCAACCCUCACCUCCACUGCCUCUUUUUCAGAGUCAUAACCCUUUGACUGAAACACAAGACUCGCAGACAGUACUCUUUGGAACCACAAAGUCACCACAAGUCCAAGCAACCUUAUUUCCUGGUACCAUGACCAUGCUAACAAGCACCAAUCUGCCUACAGAUCAGCAGGCUCCUUCAGCUAGCUUGUUUAUUGCGCAGAGUGUGUUGCCUGGCCAGCUAUCAUCGGAUAAUAACCCGAACCAGCAGCAGCAACAGAUAGCUUUCCUCACGCCCAUGCAGACAUCUGGAACAGAAGCUCAGACUGUCUCACUUUUUCAGGGACAAGCACAGUUGUCCACCCCAAUGGAACAACAACAGUCUCCCCAACAACAACAGAUGGCAACACCCCAACAGGCCCCUCUUUUUCCAAAUAUUGCCACAAUAUCCCCAAAUCAAACACAGCCACCAACACAGACAGGCAUAUUGUUCUGUACCACAGCCAUUAAUCCCCAUGAUCUGCCCCAGGCUCUGCUAUUCAGUGGCCAGAACCAAGCUUCACUAGCAAGUGACCGUCUCCCAGAGAAUAUCUUUCAGGAGCAGCAACCCAUGCAAGUUGUUCCCAGCUCUGAAAACAUUACUGUGAACAACCCUUCAAACCAACCCACCGCCUCCGCAGCCCAGCCAACUCCGAAUCCACCAAUUAUUUUUCCACAAGCCAGUGUUUUGAGUGUUGCCCAACAAGACUCGGCAGAGCCCAUGUCUUUUCAAGACCAGAGCACCGUUGUGAGUGACUCGUCUGCCAGUAUGCCUUCAACACGGAAGGAACUUUUUCAGGACCAGCAACCUAUGCAGGUUGUCCCCAGUGCCACCAGCGUAACCCCUGUCUCUCCUACAGACCAACCUUCUGGCAACAUUUUUUUGCCUCAGUCAGCCAUUUCAGCCCUGCAAGGUGGUGUAAGUGUUCAGGAGUUACCUACAACUGCCACAGCAGCCACCAUCUUUAGUGGACAGAGUGGUGUGGCAGUGGGCGGUCUCCAGAACACCACAUCUUCCGCCCCUCAGCAACCUCCCAGUCAACUCUUUCAGACAGCUAUUGGGGGAACUCUCAGCCAACCUGGACUGCCAGGACAAGCAGGCCUUUUUCUUUUUGAGAUUCCCAGUGAAUGUGGACCGCUAAUGAAUUCUCCUGGUCCGUCGUUGUCAGAUCAGCUUGUCACCAUGGGCCAUCCCGGUUCGGAUCAGACCCAGCUUCAAACUAGUUCACAGAUUCACCCCUUACUGGACCAGUCCAACAACCUUGAUGAUAAGAUAGACGAACUUCUGGAACGUUUUCAGGAGCAGGAAAAGGCGCUUCCUAGGGAUUUCUUGGACCAUUAAAGAUAAGUAGUCUGAAACCUCAAUCCAGUAGACCCAACGUCCACACUGCUUGUUGAUGUUUCUUUACAUCUUGUGUCUUGUGUAGGUAUUAACUAAACUUGGGGGUUGUCUCAGUUGGGGGGUCUUCACUUGUAUCUAUGUUUCUGAAAGCUUGUAAUGUGUUGUUUUGGCGGGACAUGUUACGUAUGGAUGUCGUCACAGCUCCUUUUUCUUGAUGGACAUGAAAGGGUCCACUUCACUGAGGCCACUGUUUGGCAUGUCAACAUAUCAUGUGACCCAUUAAGCCAUUAAGUAUAUUGGCACUUUGCUACUUUGUAUUGUGUUCUUGACUUCCACUUGAAUCUUGUCCAUUUAUUGCCGUCAUUAAUCUGUUUUCCAGUAGAAGCCAACCUAGUACAGCAUAAAUUCAAAAGCUCUCUGUUGCCGUUGAGAUACUAAUACAUUGUGAAUGAAUUUGAAAUAUUUAGCACUUUAGGGAGUUCCUACCGGAGAUUCUCUCUUUUAGCUUUGUAACCCAUGUGUGUCUACCUGGUUGUCAAAGCGUUUCAUGUUUUGAUAGUCAUAAUGCUUUUCUAAAAAUGUGUUUGUGUUUCAUUACUCUUUAGUGUCUCUUUUCAGAAUAUAGCCUAUUUUAUGAGCCAUGUUUAAUGUUUUAAGUGUUUGAAUGUUUGAUGGAUGUCCAUCAAAUCUCUCCAUUUUCACAUAACAUUUAAAGUCAAGAUGUUCUAUGUAAAUCACUCCUCUCCUUCUUCUCUGUUUUAGGUUUGUUAUUUAAUUUUAUUUAAAUGAUCAAGAGGUCCAACUUGUAGACAUGAAUUACUAUCAGGGAUGUGAAAAUGUGCAACAUUGCCAUUGAGAUAUGUGAACAGAUUGUAUUAUCAUCCACCAGAGCGUCUACAAUGUGUUUGUUUAUGUGCUCAGCAGAAAGACGUGGAGCACAUUUGUACUAUAUAAGAUGCAGCUAUGUUCUUGAUUUUGAAUUAUAUGUGGUUCAUGGUGAUUAUUCAAAUAAGCACAAGCUUGGGAAGAGGAUUUGUUGCGGUGGUGCAUGCAAGGGAUAGUUCACCCAAAUAUGAAAAUCAAUUUUUACUAAUCUCUAUGCCGUUCCAAACUGGUAUGACCUUCUUUCAUCUGUGGUGCUCAAAAAACAUAAAUUGAGGGUAUUUUGCUUCAUGAGGAAUGCAGGAAUGAGAUCUGACAGCUAUCAUGGACAUUUUUGGUCUGUUCCGCACACACGGCAUCUGAAAACUUGGAAUAUUGUGCACUUGGUUUUUUUAUGAGUUGGGUUUAGGUCAUUGAAUGCUUGUGUUGCAAAGGCACUGAAAACAUUCUUCAGAAUUGUGCCUUUUGUGUUUCACAGAAGAAAGACGGUCCUACAGAUUCUGAAUGGAAUGACAGGAGUGUGUGAGAAAAUGAAUGAUAGGAUAUUUAUUGCUGAUGUGAACUAUCACAACUAUGGGGGUGUUUUUUGGGCAGCUUAAAAUGGAAGUUAGGUCCAUAUUUCCUUGAGGGUUUAAGAAGGGAUUGGUUUGUAUUCACCCCCCCAGGAAAUCAGAUAAAAUCCCACCCAAGUUUUAAAACAAGAUAUGAUGACGAGAUGGCUUCAUAACAUCACUGCACGACAAUCUCAUCAUACAAGUUUUAAAAUUGGUCUUUUGGAAAAUUAGCUCUUACUAAUCAGAAAUCAUUAGUCAUGUGUCCUAACUGGAAGAUUUCUCUACAAGUAGUGUAGUGUACGCUGGUAAAUUAACUCGUACAGGGUUUGAUAUUGACAGAAUGCUGCUACAUUUUGUCAUAACUGAUACUAAUUGGUUGUUUACAUCAGCCUUGACUUUUUAAAAAUGGUUUGUAAUGAGCUGUUAAUUAUUUGCGUUAUGACAUUUAAGCGUUUUUUCUCAUUUCUUUCGAAAAGUCAUUGUCACACCCUCAACUGAGGGGAUCUUUUUGUUGUAGGACAUUGCUCUAUUUUAUUAAAUCACAUUUAUUUGACAUUUUACUUGUUCACCGACACAUGCAGUCUUUUAAAAAGCUUUAAGACUUAACAUCAAUGUACUCUAUUCUAAGAAGCAGCUUUUGCAUUGACAAUAUUCUCAUGCAAACAUAAUGUGAGGUAGUUCUAUUUCAAAUCUGCAUAAACAUCUUUGCUUUGAUAAGUCGGUUAUUUGUACAUCGUACUUGCCUUUAUAUUCUUUUUUUGAAUGCUUUCUGUAAAAUUUGCGUAAUUACUGUUGUAAAUAGUAGAUCGGCUGUUUUAAGUGUGCUGUUCCUUUGUGAGGUAGCAGUUUGUUAAAAGCGUGCUCUCUUUGUAGUAAAACAUAAUAUCUCACCUGCAAGUGAGGCAUACAUACAGUAUUUUUGUAAAACUGAAUUUCGAAAAUGUACUAUGUACAUUUGAAACAUUUUAAAAGUGAAUUGUCCCUUCUGCAGUACUGUACUUCAUAUGUCAAUAUUCAGAGCGGUGGAAUGAUGGUUUUUGUCCCCAUCACUGUGUUACAAAAUGGAGAUUGUUAUUUGUUUGGCAUAAGCGAAAUAUUGUCGAUUUCGAAACCAUUAAAAAAAGACUGGUUUUGGGUGUGGGUGAAUCUCUCACAGACUCAUCUUUUGCCAUAUUUCACCCCAAAAUACAUCAAUUUAAUAAAAGUUAUAGAUCUCUGUAGCCUGUUAUAUCUAUCAAUAAAUCUUGUUCUUAUAAAACGAAAAAAGAAAAAUAUUAAUUUAAAUAAAGUACAAUUGUACACACUACCGGUACUAUUUGUUUUACUGAAUUGACGCUUGCUUAAAAUGAUUGGUUUUCAUGGCUGUUACAGUUUUUUUUUUUUUCCCUCUUUUGUUAAAUUAUAGAUAUGAAAAGUUGAUUUUUUUUAAAAAUUUUGGAGGGGGUGAAAUAUGACCUGGAUAUUUCUUUGUGAGAGAUAUAGGCUAAUGUUCUGGAGCCUGGGUUCCAUGCAAAGCCAUAAAAAAAAUCAAACUCUGGAAUCAGAGUGGAAGAAUGUGUGUGUUUCGCCUCGUGGUGUAGGACAUAUAGAUUCACACUACAUCUAACCUAAGGACCAAUUAAGAAGAACAAAUAUUUUCUCAAAUCAAGGCAGCAGAAUCAACGUUAUUUGUCCAUUCUUGUGUUUUUUUGGUACUGAUGCUCCAGCUUGCGUCAAAAUCAUACUGUAUGUAUUAUGAACAAAAAUAUAUUUCUGCACAAAUCCAUCAUUAACAUUUUUUAUUUUUUUCAUAUUGUGCUUUUUGAUUGAAAGUACUUUGUGCCUUUGCAAGCCUUUCCUCUUAUUUCUAAAGGACCUUUGUAUAUAAUGAAAUACUUAGAUGUUGGGAUUACUAGUUCUUAAUCCAGAAGUAAAAGACUACAUUUUUAUUGACAUUGUUUUGUCUGGUCAAAUUGUCAUUAACCGGUCUGUCGGUGUGGUCUCAAAUACAUCUGAACAUUUAUAUCAUGACACUGCUAUGCAGCCUCAACUCACUUUUUUUUUAUUUUUUGCUUUAUUUCAAAUGUCAUCAUUCUCAUCCACUGGUGGUUAUUGGCUCUUGAAAUGUGUUAGAUCAAGGUGUAAGGUUAAAGAAGGUUAUUGAUCUCAGUGAUAACUGAUUUUUUCCUGUUUGUUUGGCCAGCAGGUGUUGGAAGAAUUUUUGUUAGUAAGUGUAAAAUUGUAAAAAAGGUUUGAAGAGCGCUUAACCCAAUCACCAGCAGUUAUUUGUGCUUUUAUUUGAUGCGAAAGGUGUAUUUUAAAUGCACAAUUUUUUAAUUUUGUUUGCUUUUGUUUGAUGUGAUUAACGUCCAAUGCUUUUGAAGUUGUCACGGGACAGUGGUUCUCAACCCCCUUUAAACUAGCGUCAGUAGAUUAAAAUAAGUCACGGUUUAAUUAUUUCACAUUUUUCAAGAACUGUAUGUACUAACAAGUUAUAAAUGGGAUAACUUUAUAAUUGGUCUUCGCUCGGGACACACAGGACCAAAUUUCUACAUUGCAAUUGGGAGUUCAAGUGCUGCAUUUUCACCAGAGUGAAAAAUAGGGAUGUGAAUUGGCACUUUGCAUGCGUCUAUUUAAAUGAUUUACAUUUAUUAUAACUUUUUAAUGUUUUAAAGAAAUCGUCUAUGAGCCCAUCUGGAAGUUUUUGUCGGCCCCUGGUUGAGAGCCACUGUUAUACGGAUAGCCGUUCACUCAUGAGUGUGUAAGAAUGACAUUCAGUAUCGUGAAGAAACGUGAACUAAUGACAUUUGACGUAAAUAAACGUAUUUUGCUUUAAUCAGUACAUUUGUAUACUCCUGCAGUUAUAUUUCUGUAAGAUGUGCUGCUAUAUGAAUAAAGAUAGAUAUGAA